UGUUAUUGUUGAAGAUUGAGAUAAAGUACCGUCAACAGGAUAAAAUUUUAUAUUUAGCUAUGACAAAAAGAAAAAGAGAAAGAAACAGUUGUUUAUAAUUAAAGAGUGGAAUUUUAUUUAUUACUUUUUGUUUAACUAAAAGUUGAUCAUGAAUCUGACAAAAAUUUUUGAAAUUUUGAGAGGUGCAAAAUGUACUCUCAAUAGAAAAACGCACGUGUCAUUAUUCAAUGAUGUAAAUAUACAAAGAGGAUAUAAAAGCAAACUGAGUAGGCCUAAGAUCAUCGAGACUAAUAAAUAUAAGAAAUCGGAAGAAACAAUUGGAUUGUUUGGAUAUUGCUUAUUGGGAAUACCUAUUGCCACUUUUGCACUUGGUACAUGGCAAAUUAAGAGAUUGAGAUGGAAAUUGGAUCUAAUAGAAGAUCUAAAGCAGCGGACUUCAGCAGAACCAAUUGAUUUGCCAUAUGACUUAAAUGAAUUGAAGGAUAAAGAGUAUCAUCGUAUGAAGGUAAAAGGCAAAUUUGUAUAUGAAAAGGAAUUUUUAAUAGGACCUAGAAGUCUUAUUCACAAUGGCGAAGCUGUCAGUGAAAAAGGUGGUGGGAUAUUUUCUCGUAAAGCAAGUUCAGGAUAUUACGUGAUUACACCUUUCAAAUUGGAGGAUCGGGAUUUGACUAUUUUGGUGAAUCGUGGCUGGAUCUCUAGAAACGAUCGCUUAACAUUCAAAAUGGGAAAUAAGAUUACAGAUUCCAUAGAAAUUAUUGGUAUUAUCAGAGCAACAGAAAAACGACCUCCAUUUGUACCUGAUAAUAGUCCUGCAAAAGGUGUAUGGCAUUAUAGAGAUUUAGAUGCAAUGGCAAAGGUGGCAGAAGCAGAACCCGUGUAUAUAGAAUUAUUGGCCGAAUACGGUACACCUCAAGAUCCAGUUGGAGGUCAGACAAAAGUAACUUUAAAGAACGAUCAUUUGAGUUACAUAAUCACUUGGUAUUCAUUGUCUGCCUGCACGAGUUAUAUGUGGUUUCGACAGUUUGUACAGAAAUUACCUCUUCUUUAAAUGCAUAAAUAUUUACCUGAUAUAUAUACAAGGAAGUAUAUUAAAUAAUAAAAAAGAAUAUUAAAGAAUAAAUUAUGUGUAUUGUCAUAAUUAUUUUUUAAUUAUUAUUACACGUUACAUUUUCGAUACUCUAUUUUUUUAUAUCUUUACGAAGAAUACAAAUGAAAUAAUGUCGACUUGCGCGAAAAGAACGGGUGCAAAACUGAAAAGAUAAAUGUAAUUCGUAGAUUUCUUUAUUUCAGCAUAAAUGUAACAAGUAUGAAUAUGUGCCAGAUAAGGAUUUUAUCUCUAGAUAAAAAUCAUCUAAUUGCUUCCUAAGAGAAAAUAACUAGACCUCUCCGCUUUUCGCUAUCAUUAAUAAUAACAAUAAUUGAUGACAACGAUAGUUACAAGCUGUCACCGACGAACUCGUUAACGAUUAUAAUGAUAUAUGAUAUACUUUCAUGUCAGCAUACAAAAAUAUCUAUACAAGUAUGAAAAUAUAUAAAUUACAUUGAUUGUUUAUCUAUGCAAUAAUGAUAUUAACAUUAAUAAAAUAAUAGCAAUUGUAUAGAAAAGCAGAUUGAGGGAAUUUAACAGGAUUGCUAGAGCGUAAUAAAGAAGACAAAAAUAGUAAAAUAAUCUUUUCAUUAAGCUCAUUUUUGUGCUUACAAUUCGCAUUUCUUACAAAUGUUUACAAAUUUUUAAGACGACUGAAAUAUUUUAUUUAAUUAAUCACUUAUAAUUGAAUUAAAUAUUGAAUUAUUUUCACAUCUAAAGUUAUUCGAUAUGAAAAUUAUGUGUUCUAAAGUAUGUAUAAUUCUUUAGUAUUUUAGUAUUUAAAAUUCUAAGAAUUCAAGAAUUUUUAAUCGAUUGCGUUUCGCUGAUAUUUCAUUGUAAAAAGUCUUUGUUAAGAAAUCGACGAUAUAAUUAACGCUUCAAUGAUAUUCAUCAUUUAAGAUGUUAUUCGUUUAUUAUUUUGCAAAGCAGGAUAUUCGUAUACUUUAUUGUCGCGGUAUCGAUGCAAUGUUCUUAAAUGAGUUGAAACACAUUGAUAUAAGCAUCGCUUUCACAUAUAUGAUACAUGAGAUAUAUCUAUUUUUGAGAUUUGGCAUAAAAACGCUAUACAUAUUUUAUUUGUAUAUGAAGUGUCUCGGGAGAAAAGGGUGUACAUCGGCAGAAUUCCAAUUUUAAAAACAUUUGGAAUUAACUCUUAAUAAGAAAUAAACACUCAAAAAAAAAAAAGAAAUGUUUAAUUUUGAGAUCCUAAAAUGUAUUUCUGUUUUUAAAUACUUAAAAAUGUCAAAUAAUUAGUGUCAAACAGUUUAGAUUUAUAAUGUUGAAGCUGUUAAAAAUGUUUUGGCUUUCAACAUGAACAUCGCUUAAAACUAAAACAUUUUUAAGUAUUUAAAAAAUACAGAAAUAAUACAGAAUUAAAUUUUAAUAGAUUAAAAUUAAACACUUUUUGAGUGAAGAGAUGAGAACAAACUUCUCAAUUUUUCGCAGUUGUUACACAAGCCUCCAACUCAAGCUUUAUUCUUAAUAAAUUUGAUGGAAAGAUUAAA